GACUACCAAGUAUACGCGUUGAACUUAAACGGUGCGGGCACGUUAACGUCCCCAACUCCAUGGGCGCUGGAGUACUCGGCGUGUGACAAGUUUGAGCUGAAGGACCUGUCCAACACCGAAUACGUUAAACUGGCCGAUAAGAUUCGGGAGGGGGGCGAGUGGUGGCUCAAGUGA